AUGGCUCCUCAAAUCUUGAACAAUACUCCCUUGAACCGGGGCUCUUCCGGUCUAGCCAAAGCCGGCAGCCUGCCCAGCCGUGCUUACGUCACCUUCCUGGCCGGCAACGGGGACUACGUGAAAGGCGUGGUGGGGCUGGCCAAGGGGCUGAGGAAGGUCAACAGCAUAUACCCGCUAGUCGUGGCUGUGCUGCCGGAUGUUCCGGCGGAGCACCGCCGGAUACUGGUGGAUCAGGGCUGCAUAGUGCGUGAGAUCCAGCCGGUUUACCCGCCGGAGAACCAAACCCAGUUCGCCAUGGCCUACUACGUCAUCAACUACUCCAAGCUUCGCAUUUGGGAGUUUGUGGAGUACAGCAAGAUGAUAUAUUUGGAUGGGGACAUUCAGGUGUUCGAUAACAUUGACCAUCUGUUUGACCUGCCCAACGACUACUUCUACGCCGUGAUGGACUGUUUUUGCGAGAAGACAUGGAGCCACACUCCUCAGUACAAAAUCGGGUACUGCCAGCAGUGCCCGGAUCGGGUCAAGUGGCCCAAAGAAUUGGGCCCAAAGCCCGCUCUCUACUUCAACGCCGGCAUGUUCGUGUUCGAGCCCAGUCUGCCCACUUACCACGACCUCUUGCGGAAGCUCAAAGUCACCACUCCAACUUCAUUCGCUGAACAGGAUUUUCUGAACAUGUUCUUUAAGGACAAAUACAAGCCGAUCCCGAAUGUGUACAAUCUCGUGCUGGCCAUGCUUUGGCGCCACCCGGAGAACGUGAAGGUCGAGGAGGUGAAGGUGGUGCACUACUGUGCGGCGGGGUCCAAGCCGUGGCGCUACACCGGCGAAGAAGAAAACAUGGACCGGGAGGAUAUCAAGAUGCUAGUGGCCAAGUGGUGGGACGUGUAUAAUGACCACACACUGGAUUACAACCACCCUGGAACCCCAGCCGCGGCCGCCGCCGACGAGGCGGAAGAGGCCCAGCUGGCGGCGGCGCUGAACGAGGCCGGGGUUGUUCACUAUAUCGCCGCCCCUUCCGCCGCCUGA